AUGGCCACAUUCACAAAGAUCGCGGAGGAUGCCCGCCCUAGCAUCUCGGUGAACCCCUCCCACCCCAUCGCCCGCAUCGAUGACAACACCUACGGCGGCUUCACCGAGCACAUGGGACGAUGCAUUUAUGGUGGCAUCUACGACCCUGGCAACCCUCUCUCAGAUGAGAACGGCUACCGCAAGGAUGUUAUCGAGGCUGUUAAAGAGCUGAACUGCCCUGUUAUGCGCUACCCAGGCGGAAACUUCUGUGCCACUUACCACUGGAUUGACGGUGUUGGUCCCAGAGAGAAGCGCCCCAAGAGACCCGAGCUGGCCUGGAUCGGCGUCGAGUCCAAUGAAUUCGGAACAGACGAGUUUAUGAAGUGGUGUGAGGUCGUUGGCGCGGAGCCCUACCUGGCCCUCAACUUCGGCACCGGCACGCUCGACGAAGCGCUCGCGUGGCUCGAGUACUGCAACUCUGACAGGGACACGUACUACGCCAACCUGCGCCGCCAAAACGGCCGCGAGAAGCCUUACAAUGUCAAGUACUGGGCCCUGGGCAACGAGAUGUGGGGUCCCUGGCAGGUCGGCCAAAUGACCAAGGAGGACUACGCCAAGCAGGCUUACCAAUGGGCGAAGGCCUUGAAGCUGUUGGAUCCCUCAAUCGAGCUCAUUCUGUGUGGUGAGACCGGCUUCAGCAGCUGGGAUACGUAUGUCAUCAAGGAGUGCAUCACGUGGAGCAUGCACGGCCUGGGUGGCAGCACCACCGCCUCCUUGAUCGACAUGCACAGCAUUCAUCUGUACACUGCGUCGAACGACCACCUCAAGAACGCCACCGCCCCUCGAGCCGCCGAGAGGGCCAUUGAGAUUACGGGAGGCCUUAUCGACCUGGCCCGUAUCGAGAACAAGGUGCCCCCUACGUGCAAGAGACAAAAGAUCUGCUUCGACGAGUGGAAUGUUUGGGAUCCUGUCCGGGCUCCUGGUGAAGAGGGCGGUGAGGAGUCAUACACACUCUCCGACGCUCUCGCUGUGGGAGUCUGGCUGAACGUCUUUGUCCGCCAGGCCAAGUACAUUGGCAUGGCCAACAUCGCACAGUCCGUCAACGUUAUCUCCCCCUUGAUGACCACCAAGGAGGGCAUCACCAAGCAGACCACCUGGUGGCCUCUGCUGCUCUUCAGCAAGUACAUGAGAGGCCAGGUCAUUGCGACCAACGUUCGCUCUCCCGAGUACGAGGGCCCCACGGAGCCCAACUGGAUCAGGGGCGCCAUUGAGACCCCUUACCUUGAUGUCAGCGCCACCAUUGACGAUAACGGCUUCGUCAACCUGGCUGUCGUCAACGUCCACGAGACCAAGAACUUCUCCGUGGACCUGAACGGCAUCGCCUCCGGCGCCGAAGUCACCGUCUACACAGUCACUGGGGAGAGUGUAUCCGUCGUCAACAAGGGCGACCAGAACCCGGUUGGUAUCGCUGAGAGCAAGUGGGACGGCAAGGGUCCCUAUGAUUUCGUGAAGGCUUCCGUUACUCUGUUGAGAUGGAAGGCCUGA